GAUUCAUCCAUCAGUCCACAGUCCACAGUCCACAGUCCACACUCUUGAGUCUUGACUCUUCCAUUACUAAUCGAGUAAUCUCCCAACUCCUUUGGAGUUGUUGCUUCUUCUCUUUUGUUUCUAGUAUUACCACUUUCUCUUUCAAUAAGAUCGAUAUGUCUUCAAAUCGUGCUGCUUACUUCCUCCUCUUCUCCCUCCUUUUCGUUGCUACUACCACUGAUGCAUAUGUUGCACAACUACCAGGUUCAACACCACCAGCUCCUCAGACCUACAAGCCACCGACACCUGCUUCACCAAAGCCACCCGUGAUUGCUCCAUACCCGCCGAAGGCACCCGUGGUUUCUCCACCAAAGACACCAGUGGUUACCCCAAACCCACCUAAGGCACCCGUCGUUACCCCAAACCCACCUAAGGCACCGGUUGUUGCACCAUACCCGCCUAAGGCACCAAUCGUUGUACCAAAACCGCCUAAGGCACCUGUCGUUGCACCAUACCCGCCUAAGGCACCAGUGGUUGCUCCAUACCCGCCAAAGGCACCCGUGGUUGCUCCAUACCCGCCAAAGGCACCCGUGGUUUCUCCACCAAAGACACCAGUGGUUGCUCCAUAUCCGCCAAAGGCACCCGUCGUUACCCCAAACCCGCCUAAGGCACCGGUGGUUGCACCAUACCCGCCAAAGGCACCGGUGGCUCCUUACUUUGGCAAUCUACCCCCAGUUAAAAAAGCUGAAUGCGUGCCAUUGUGCGAGAAACGGUGCUCGUUGCACUCGAGAAAGAGGCUAUGUGUGAGGGCAUGCUCAACUUGUUGCGAAAGAUGCAAAUGCGUACCAUCGGGUACUUAUGGGAACAAAGAAGAAUGUGGAAGGUGUUACACAGAUAUGACUACUCAUGGAGGCAAGCUUAAGUGCCCUUAAAUGAAAAUUAAGCCACUUACUUAAUGUUGUUACUUCAUAUCAUCAUAUCAUUCACCUCUUAAUUAAUAGUUGUGUCAUAUCAUAAUUAUUAUUGUUAUAUGUAGCACUCCUAUAUAGUAGUACUUGUAGUAAUCUAGUCUAGACUAGUAGAAUUAAAUUAAAUAAUUUGGUGUUUGUAUUGUUAUUUUCAUGACAUUGUGGGUUGGUUGGUUGUUGGUUGUUACUUCUUAGUAUUAUUAUAGUAUGGACGACGUAUGGUCCAUCUUACUAUAAAAGUUGUGCUAGCAAAUUAUUCGUGUAUGUCGGUUGUGCAUGUCAUGGCUUUAGAUUCUCAUUGCGAUCAAUAUAUACUACUUCUUUCGUUUC